CAUUGAGCUGGCUCGCGCAGGGGGUGUGCAAGCGCCGAGUCCUAGGACUGCGAGCCAGCCCAGUCUGGAAUAAUCCCUGGAGAAAGACGGGGCUGGAGCUGAGGUGCAGCUUCAGAGGGAGGGAUUAGGCGCCGCUAGACUUUUUUUCUUUUUCCGCCUUCCUCCCCUCUCAGUGGCACGGAGUCCGAAUUAAUUGGAUUUCAUUCACUGGGGAGGAACAAAACUGGGCAGCUUCAUUCAGACCUUCAUUGGCUCCGACAGCGGUCGGGUGCAGAGGGACCCCGGCUAGCCUUUGGUCUUCGCCCUCCUCAACCGCUAGCCUCGGCUUGGGAAAGGCGAGGAGGAAUCGAAGCCCGCUCCGACCCCGCGCUCGGCCUAUGCCUGCCCCGCGGGGCGUCUGCUAGGCAGCCCGCCUAAUCCCGCAGCUCGACCCCCAUGAUAGAUAAGCUCAGACCCGUGCCCUUUGCGUCGGAAAUGGCGAUCAGCAAGACCGUGGCGUGGCUCAACGAGCAACUGGAGCUGGGCAACGAGCGGCUGCUGCUGAUGGACUGCCGGCCGCAGGAGCUGUAUGAGUCCUCACACAUCGAAUCGGCCAUCAACGUGGCCAUCCCCGGCAUCAUGCUGCGGCGUCUGCAGAAGGGCAACUUGCCGGUGCGCGCCUUAUUCACGCGCUGCGAGGACCGGGACCGCUUUACCAGGCGCUGCGGCACUGACACGGUAGUGCUGUACGAUGAGAACAGCAGCGACUGGAACGAGAACACCGGUGGAGAGUCGGUCCUCGGGCUGCUGCUCAAGAAACUCAAGGACGAGGGCUGCCGGGCCUUCUACCUGGAAGGUGGCUUCAGUAAGUUCCAGGCCGAGUUCGCCCUGCACUGUGAGACCAAUCUAGACGGCUCCUGUAGCAGCAGCUCUCCGCCGUUGCCAGUGCUGGGGCUCGGAGGCCUGCGGAUCAGCUCUGACUCUUCCUCGGACAUUGAGUCUGACCUUGACCGAGACCCCAAUAGUGCUACAGACUCGGAUGGCAGCCCUUUGUCCAACAGCCAGCCUUCCUUCCCCGUGGAGAUUUUGCCGUUCCUUUACCUGGGCUGUGCCAAGGACUCUACCAACUUGGACGUGUUGGAGGAGUUCGGCAUCAAGUACAUCUUGAAUGUCACCCCUAAUUUGCCCAAUCUCUUUGAGAACGCAGGAGAGUUCAAAUACAAGCAAAUCCCUAUCUCGGAUCACUGGAGCCAAAACCUGUCCCAGUUUUUCCCUGAGGCCAUUUCUUUCAUAGAUGAAGCCCGGGGCAAAAAUUGUGGUGUCUUAGUGCAUUGCUUGGCAGGCAUCAGCCGCUCAGUCACUGUGACCGUGGCAUACCUUAUGCAGAAGCUCAAUCUGUCCAUGAAUGAUGCUUAUGACAUUGUCAAGAUGAAGAAAUCCAACAUCUCCCCCAACUUCAACUUCAUGGGCCAGCUGCUUGACUUCGAGAGGACGCUGGGACUCAGCAGCCCCUGCGAUAACCGAGUUCCAGCACAACAGCUCUACUUUACCACCCCCUCCAACCAGAAUGUCUACCAGGUGGACUCCCUGCAAUCCACGUGAAGGGCGCCCACCUCUCUUUGCUGAGAGUGUUCCAUUCCUUCAGCAGUUUCUCUUGGGCAGCUUUGGCCAGGCUGCUUUCUUUGUGUGUGGCCCCAGGUGUCAAAAUGUCACCAGCUGUCUGUAUUAGACAAGGUUACCAAGUGCGAAAUUGGUUAUUCCAGAGGGAGAGAUUUGCUCCAUUCAUCCUCUUUGGAGAGACAGGACAUGCUGUCUAGAUACAGGCAGUCGGUUUGCUCUCCACUCCAGCCUAUCCAAGCAGGGACUGGACUUCCAGAAAUAAAGGAUAGGCCCAAGUGGUAUAGGAUGUAAGGGCAUGUGUUCUUUAGGGCCUCAUGGCUGUUUCCUUUUGCAUCUGGAACUAACUAUAUUGUCUUCAGUGAAGACUGAUUUAACUUUGCAUAUAGUGGAGCCAAAGAGAUUUCAGCUCUGUAUUUGUGGUAUCAGUUUGGAAAACAAAGCAAAACUAUUUGAUACCCUAUUUGAUUAUUGUAAAUAUUUGAUCUUAAAUCACUUGGCAGUGUUUGUUUGGCUUGUGUUUGUUUUGAAUCUUUGAUGGUUUUAAAAGAAAUCCAAAGGGAGAAAGAGCAGUACGCCUCUUCUUUAAACAAAGUAUGGAAAAUGUGCUCUUUUUCUAAUCCAAAGGGUGUAUUUGCAGCAUGCUUGACUUUAUUGUACCAAUUCUGAUGACAUUUUCAUGGACAUUAUCACUAAGACUUUGUUAUGGUGCAGUCUUCAGUCUUUACACAUUAUCUUUCUUGUGAUUUUUUUUUUUCCCCCUCAAUGUAGUUUUUGAGUAUGCCUUACCUUUGUAAAUAUUUGGCUAAUGUUAUCUCAAAGGGGGGUAUCUUGGAAAGACACCAAAAUCCUGGACUCACUUUUUUUUUUUUUUAAAACUUCAGCUGUGCUAAACAGUAUAUUACCUCUGUACAAAUUCUUCAGGGAGUGUCACCUCAAAUGCAAUACUUUGGGUUGGUUUCUUUCCUUUUAAAAAUUAUGUAAAACUGGAAGUGUGUGUGUGAGCAUGGGUACCCAUUUGAUAGAUGGGAUGCAAUGGAUUGUGAAGAAGGGAGAGUUAAUGUUGCUCCACGAUGUCUGUGAUGUAAAGUUUUGAGCUGGAAUUUAUUAUAAGAAUGUAAAACCUUAAAUUAUUAAUAAAUAACUAUUUUGGCUAUCAAA